AUAAAUGAAUUAACAAACAAAAAGAAAUGAGUAUGGUUGUGCUACCUUAACUUCACACACAACUUCAGUAACAAGCUGAAAAAUACUUUUUAAUAAUUAAUGCGUGUUGUUAUAAAUGUUACAUAGUGUGGCUGCUUACCGCUAAACAGCUCAAAACGACGCUGCUAAUGUUAAUUGGCUAUAGCAGACCAUUUAGCCUGAGAUAAGUGGCCUGGGGCUGUAAUUAACGCUGGUUUGGCCGCCGCUCCGCUCAGCCUGGGUUCAGCCCGGGAUCACCUCCACAGUAAACAGUGGUGGGUGUAGCCCGUCAGGCUAGUAGAGAAGAGUUCAGCGUUCAGUUUCCUCAUUAAGAGUUUAGCUAAAGGAGUGAUGCUUAAGCUUAGCGCUGCGCUCAGGAUACAAAACUUCACCGACAACUUGGUUUACUUUCGGCUUUACCGUUUUCCGCUCCUCGAUGACUUCUUUUAUCUCAGCCUGGAUUUGGAGUGAGAGAUUCUGGCUUCCCGAAAAUGUGUCGUGGGCAGACCUGGAGCGCCCGCCAGCUGGACUGGAGUACCCCAGACUACAGCAUAUGCUCUGCCAUGCCUUUCCUCUGGCUGUCGGGGUUUUAGUGUUACGGCUGUUUUUUGAGAGGCUGGUGGCCAGACCCUGUGCCCACAUACUUCAGAUUCAGGCGGGAGCGCCCCGGCGAGUUCAGCCCAACGCUGUCCUGGAGAGGCUCUAUCAGUCCAACACGUGUCCAGACACAAGACAACUGGAAGGACUCUCCAAGCAGCUGGACUGGGAGGAGCGGAAAAUACAGAGAUGGUUUCGUAUCCGCCGGAACCAGGACAGGCCCAGCACGCAGAAGAAGUUCUGUGAGAGCAUGUGGAGAUUCACCUUUUACCUUGUGAUUUUUAUCUACGCCAUUGGCCAUUUGUGGGUGUCACCAUGGAUGUGGGAUACCAGACAGUGCUGGCACAACUACCCUUUUCAGCCUCUAAGUCCUGGACAAUACAAUUACUAUGUUGCUGAGCUGGCUUUCUAUUGGUCUCUGAUGGUGUCCCAGUUCACAGACGUUAAACGCAAGGAUUUCAUGAUCAUGCUUGUCCACCACCUGGCCACCAUAUUCCUCAUCACCAUCUCCUAUGCCAACAACAUGCUAAGAGCUGGCACUUUGGUCAUGUGUGUGCACGAUGCUUCGGACGUCUUCCUCGAGGCAGCCAAGUUGGCCAACUAUGCCAAGUACCAGAGGCUAUGCGACAGCUUGUUUGUGGUGUUCAGCAUAAGCUUUUUUCUCACUCGACUCAUCAUUUUUCCUUUCUGGAUUGUUUACAGCGUGCUGUUUGAGAGCUGGCAGAUUAUUGGGCCAUAUCGGGCCUGGUGGCUGAUAAACGGGUUACUGCUGGUCCUGCAGACUCUCCACAUCAUCUGGUUCUACCUCAUCGCUCGCAUUGCUGUCAAAGCUAUCUUCAAGGGAAAGGUGUCGAAAGACGAUCGCAGUGACAUAGAGAGCAGCACAGAUGAGGACAUUUCCUCCAAUGGCAGUAAAAACUGUCAAACCUCCAAACUGAGGGACAGCAGCCACACCGGUGUCCUUAAUGGAGACACUCAUGACCACUGAGAGGGGGCCAAUUCUUUAUUCCAAUCAUAUUUUAUUUCAGUUAUACAGGUGAGACUCACUCUACACCUUAUUAAAAUGAACUUUGAAUUAUUUUUCCUACAAAGAGUGCUAAGAUGUUAAACUCCAAGGUUAGUGCACAGCCUUGGACACUUGAAAUGUUUACGCCUACUGUUUUUCUCCCAAAUACACAAGAAAGAUAUGAGAAAUGCAGCAACUUGGGAGCUGCUUACAAUGCUUUAUGCUUGUAAAUAGAUUUUCUUAUUGACAAUGACUGCUGUGAAACAAAUCACUGCUUCCAAAGUUGUAUUAUAGAGACAUAUGCUUCUGUGCUUUUUGAUUUAACUCGACAAACACCCCAAAGUUUUCUUGAUAAAAGUGCAAUAAAUGCAGUGAUUGUA